GUAACUCUGAAUAAUACUGAAUAUAAUAUUACACUAGGCUAAAACCGUAGAAUCUUGGCAAAGUAGACCUAGAAUCUAGAUCUAGAUCUAGAUCUAUCUCUUGAGAUUAUCUAGACCUCUCACUAAGCCCGAGGUCUUCGUACACCGUAUUCCGUUUUUCCGAGGGCUGUGGACAAGCUUUAGAUUCUAUGUGUUUAGUAAAUAAAAAUGGCCGAGGCAUUCUUUCAGCUUCAGAAAGAAGGCAUUCUGAAAAAAGUCGUUUAUGGAGGCGAGGGUGAUGUACCAUCAUUUCCUGAUGGAGCUAAGGCUGUCUUCCAUUACCGCACCAUGAAAACUGAUGAGGAGAGAACUCUCCUGGAUGACAGCAAGCACACUUCUAAGCCCAUGGAGCUGAUCUUUGGCAAAAAGUUCAAGCUGGAGGUCUGGGAAAUUUUGCUGAAGACCAUGAAGGUCAAAGAAGUGGCAGAGUUUACAUGCGAUAUCAAACACACAGCUGUGUAUCCGCUGGUAGCAAAGAGUCUGCGUGACAUCGCCAAGGGUCACACAGAGCACAAAGGUUCCUCCCACUGCUGCGGCAUGAUGGCUCUGGCCGAUCAUGGGAUGGGCUAUGCUGACUUGGACGAACUAGUCAAGAAACCGCAGUCACUUGUGUUUGUCUUGGAGCUGCUUGAGCUGAUACUGCCAGAGCAGUACGAGAAAGAGUCAUGGUCUAUGAAUGAAGCAGAGAAACUAGAAAGUAUCCCACGGCUAAGGACGGCAGGCAAUGAUGCAUACAGACGCAAAGAGUAUGAGGAGGCUGCUGGCAAGUAUGGCCAGGCUUUGGCCAUGCUGGAGGACCUGAUGUUGCAAGAAAAGCCUGGGGAGGAGGAGUGGCACCACCUGGAUGACAUGAAGCGACCGUUGCUGCUCAACUUUUGUCAGUGUAAACUCCUGACAGAGGACUUCUACCCUGUAAUCACACACACCUCUGAUGUCUUGCAGCGAGAACCUGACAAUGUGAAGGCUUUGUUCCGUCGGGCUAAGGCCCACGCGGCUGUUUGGAACGUGAAAGAGGCGCAGGAGGACUUUGUCCGUGUCACAACCCUCGACGCCAGCCUGGAGGGUGCAGUGAAGAAAGAGCUGGCCAAGUUGGACCAGAAGGUCAAGGUGAAGGAUGAGCAGGAGAAGUCAAGGUUGAAGGGUAUGUUCAGCUGACCCGUCAGUUGACCCUGUGAUUGCUUGACCUUUUCUGGCACCCACAGAUUGUGACCUGAGCUAACGACUGUUUCUGGAUGAUGUGAUUACUCUCUUGACCAGACUUUCAGCUUUUUAGACUGCGGUAUUGCAAUAUUGCCCAUUGAGAGCAGGCAAGGUUCUUCAUGGAUAUUGAAAAGGCUAAUUACUGUAUUGAAUUACAUCCUUUCGCUGAUGAAUGCUGGUAAGUGUAUCAUCACCCUGAAACAGUAGAAAGUGGCAGAGGUAACCCAGGUGAAAUGAGAUCAUGUAUUAUACUGUGAAGGAAAUGGUGCUGUUUGUGAUGGGGAUUUGUAUGGAUUUAGAAAUGUUUGUUUAAUACAAAAAACUGUGACCAUGCGGUGAGACCGAAGUUAUUUUGACAUUGAUGUCAUUGAUGCGUAAUGCGUAGCAUGGUUGGUUGGGGGGUUUAUACUUCAUCUGAGUAAAACUUUGAAAGAGUCGGACAUAGUUUCGUUAGUUGAUUUUAUGAAGCUUUAAAAGAUAAACAGGAUGCUUUGAUAUGCUUCUGAUUAGUGUUUAGUUUCUUUCCCAUCAGGAAGAUGUUACAUUUGUGGUGAUUCAGGAUGACCUUUCAUACGAUUACUUUUGUGCAUUUUGAGUUUAAGUUAAUGCAAUUACUUAAAAGACCCUGCAAUGCUUCUUUUAUUUUGACUUUGUUUUUAUUACACGCCAUGUUACCACUUUUUGACCAUGAGCUAUGAUUUUAACUGGACAUAAAUUCUGAAAUCUACUUUGCUCUCUUGGAUAGAAUAGCAGGCUGUGACAAGUGAAUAUAUCUGUGAGUUAAGUGAACAACAUAUGCAAGUUAACUGCCCGCUGCAACAAGUAAUUAGCACAUUGCAGUAAUAAUGUAGCACAUUACAAUUAAUAGCCUAAAUAGCGUAUUGUGAUAAGAGAAAUGCAUAUUACAAUCUAUAAAUAGCGUAUUGCGACAAGAAAAAAGCAUAUUACAAUUCAUAAAUAGUGUACUGUGACAAGAAAAGAAAAGCACGUCGCAACAGUGAAUCAUUCACUGUGACAAGUUUCAAGUACAUUUUGUCAAGUGAAGGGCUUACUUGUUCUGGCCACAAGUAGCCUGAACCCUGUCUAAUCCCUCUGACUCAUUCUUAAUGCUUUCUGGUUGUCAUCGUCUUCUGUGAUCCACAGGUACAAAAUAUAGAUUGUAGAUAAUUUUUAUUUUGUUGUAGAACACAGUUGUAAUUUUUCAACCAAGCGUUGUUUUAGAUCUGAGCUUUUUAUCUUGAAAGAUUGAUGUAUAAUGUAGAUGAGGAAGAGAUGACAUUUUGCAAGCUGUUGUUUUAGUAUAAUGUAAUGUUUGACAUUUUUUUGAGGAGUUGAUGUUAGUUGUUUUUUUAGUUCAUCCAUUCGUUUUAUUAGUCUACUAUCAGCUUGUGACAUUUUAUUUCCAUCCUUUCACAACUAAUGUCUGUGAUAUUACCAAAGUUUUGGUUUGUUCCUAAUUCUGUGUUGUAUCAUUAAUUGUAUUUAGUAAGUAAUUGUUGUCAAUAUUUUGCAGCUGUUUAUUAUCAUUAUAAUCUCUCAUGUUUUUCAUCUAUUAGUUUAGUUUAUAUUUAUUUGAAAUUUCUGCUACUAGUGUAAUGAAAACUGCGAUUUUGCUCAUUUUGAUAAUUACUUUGUGAAUGCGUGACAGGAAGUGAAGAUCUUGGCAUUAUGGGUGGCAUGAUGUUGACAGGGAUAUAUGUGCUUUCUCUCAUUCAUCAUUUGUCCAUGUCAAUUUUUAAAUUAAGAAAUAAUUAGAGCAUUGGAAAGCUCAGAACUAUACCUUCAAUAUUUUAGUUCCUUCUACUAUUUUUGGUGAUCAUCAUGUGACCCAAAAUGAUUUUCAGGCUUUGAACUGCAACACUUGUGAGCACAAGUAGGCUUUCCUGCAUUCUACCUAUGUUUUAAUAAUGAUAUCAAAACCAUCUUUUGGCAUUGGGGUAUCCCCUUGACAAAAUGUAAUUUUACUGUCUUAUUGUAUUUCUGUUAUUGAUGAUUCUGAUACCAAAAUUAAACUUUGUGAAAAUACAGGAUAGCCUACUUGUGCUUAUGAGUACUAGCCUGUGAACGAGAAAUUAUUGUUUUGCUUCCUUUCAGCAACUCAUGUUGCCCAUACUUUCUUCACAAAAGUAGGAAUAUGAGCAGGGGGCAAUGUGUUGAAGUUGGCUUUUUAGUUCCAAUCGUCCCAAAAGAUGUGUCGAGCAACUGGAAUUUGGAGAUGGAAGAACUCACUUUGAGUCUUGGCUUAUUUAUUGUGAAGUGUAUACACUUCAUGUCUCAUAUGACAUUAAAAAAUACAUUUUGCUGAUCAAAUUAUUGUCUUGGGCAUAGGUUUGAUUUUUUAGAUUUUUAAAGAAUUUUUGUUGUAUUGUUAAAUCCUAGCCUCUGUGUGAUGCUUUUCUCUACUACUAUCAACACAGAUUUGUAAUUUAAGCACCAGCCAUUGUGUUGUCAAAAAAUGAUUUUUGUCUCCUUUUUGUUGACUGCUGAAUGGAAGGAAGGGCUCCUCUGUAAUAUUUUUUCCUUUCCUGUCCUUUUCUUUUGUGUGUGUCAACUUAAUGUACUCACUGGUGUCAUCAGCACAAGUUGACCACAACUGCAAUUUUCCUCCUGUCCCCAUGCUUUUCUUCCUACCCGAACUACUCAGUGGAAUAACUAGAACUCUGGAUUAAUGAGAUCCUUGAUUCCCAUUUUUUCCCUUUAUUCACCUCUGCAAUUGGAAUUAUAAGACACUCAUUUAGGAAUUUUGGUAAUAGCAAGAGAAUUAUAAGCUGUCAGCCCUUGAACUUUUAGAAGAGAUAAUGAGUAGGCUAUAUGGUGGCCAAACAUUCCAACUACGCUAAACGGGUUAUUUCAUUGUUGGGCUAAUGUAAAUGACUCUUGUGUGAUCCUGUUCCCUGUCUUCCUCCCUCCUUUCCCCUUACAAACACAUAUACACACCCUUCUCCUCAAUUGCAUUUCGACUGCUGUGUAAAAUUCCCGUCAUACAUCACUUUUCAAAAUUGACGUGACGUAUUGCAGUCUUACACCAAACAGUUGAUUUAUUUGUUGUGCAAGCUAAGCUUCUAUGUGCCCUCUGUUACUGUAUGUAUUACGUGGUGACUUGUUGUGUAGUAGCAAGGUUGGGUGUUGUGUAUGUAGUGGAUCUAUUUUAUACUAUUACUAUAGGGGUCAUUGCCUUGUUCUUUUACAUAAAUGGUACUUGCACAGUGCAGCUUCACAUGUUGCAUGUCUCACUUAGUUGUCUCUUGACAGUUUCGGCGUUCUUGUCUUUAGAUGCUGGCCAGUAAAUACGUUUGAAGUCAUUACUCUUGUUAUUUGAAAAUGUUUAGUAUCUAAGAGAAAAUGCAUACCACUUGAAACUGGCCUUCAUUAGGACAGCUGAGUGAAACAAUAAGACAAUACUCAAUGUCGAGACAUCGAUCAGCGAUCCAGCACUUUAUAUAUUAUGAUAAAGUAUUGUUCUUUAUUGAUGAUUCUCCUUAACUUAAUGUUCGACUGUGCUUCGUUUUCCUUUGUCUCUCUUUUUUGUCCUGCUUGAAGUGACCAUUAUGGUGUUGAUGUGCUUCUCCUUGCUCAAUCUCUAAACAAUACCUCCAUUGUGUAAUGUCCCUGCAGUUCUCAUGUUGUUCAGUCUUUCCAUUGUCUAUCGUUGUGAAGACAGACACAUUUUCUGAUCAGCUACAGAAUGUCCUACUUUGUGGUUAUGAAAUGUGCAUUGACCUUUUUGUCAUAGAAGUGACUAUAUGCAUUUCUAUAAUAAUUCGUGGGUUGAGUCAGUUGUUUGGUUUAUUGAUUGAAUCAGUUCAACUGUUUAUCUUUGAUGUUGCAGGAAAAAUGAUAAACUCAGUUUGACCUUAGUUUUACAGGGUGAAUAAAAGACAUUGGGGCUUCUCAUUAUUUUAGCGACAGAAAAGUAUUGUUGAAAAAAAAAUGGAAACCAGACAUUUCUUUUACAGUCUAGCUGUAGAAGCCUGGUUUGUAUCGGUUUCUCUCAUUUAUUACUUCCUGUGAAAUCUUCAUAUAUCGUCGGCCACAUGAUACGAUAUCACAAGCCCUAAAACCAAAAUUUUUUAGGAGAGAGAAAAAACUGUUUCAUUCUUUACAAAACUGCACGUACACUUCGAAGCUGAUAAUGAAAGAAGGGAAAAGGUGUUUUUGUAAUGAGAUAAUUGGCACACUGUUCGAUUCCUUUUUUACUCUGAUACAAUGUACUAAGCUCUUGCGCACAGCAGUUUAUUACGUCAAAAGCGUGGUUUGCUAGAAGGCAAAUUAUCAUAGUGCUUAUCACAGCUUUCCUCGGUAUUGUUGAUAGUUUCUAAACCUUUAAAGGAUAAAACAUAAAAGGUCAGACAAGAAACAGAACAGGUUUAUGACGCUAUGAACACUAUCAAACUCCAUUUGAGUGUGCCUCUUUUUUAGAUAUUUCUGUUCAGUUGUGUCGUUGAACUCAUGAGCUAGAGCAGAGAUGACAUUGGCGAUUGAGGCAUUUUUAUUUUGGCAAAGGUAUCCAUCACUGUACCGGUACAGUAUUAUUCUGCCAUAGGAUUUGGCGAGGUCUCGUAUAUAGUCUACGAUGCAAGAGGAAAAUUCGUCAGAAGUUAGUCCAUCUUCAACCUCAUGCCAGACAUAACAUUUCACAUCCUGGGUUGUUAUAUUGUUGACAGUAAAGUUAUGCACGGCAAGCUUUGUUCUAUAGUAGGGCCUACAGAGCGGAGGCCUUGAGCAUGGGGCACAGGACAUGUUGAAGACCCAUGCAGACAUGCCCGCUCUGUCCGACGUUUCCUUUGUUUUGGUCUCCGCUGACUCCACUGCUAUCUUUUAAUCUAUUUCUUUCUCUAGCCUCGCUGCCUCUUUACUUUCUUUGUGAUACUACCCACACACCUUUUGUUACAUUGCCUGUUUGGUACCCAACGCAAAUGUUUUUUUCUGGCUGGAAAAACACAAAAUUGUUUUGGUUAAAAUCUUUCCUGAAUAUGGUGAGCCCGUGUAGGUCUUUUUCUCUCUACACAUCUUGUUACAUAAAGUCGAUCAAACUUUUAAAUGUUGGUUCCAAAUACAGUAGAAGAACACGACUACAGCGGCAACCCCUACAGCGGGACCAUCCCUACAGCGGGACGUUACCGAAUCCCCCUUUUUUUUUCUCCAUGUGAACUCAAUUACCUGUGCUCGGGUUUAGCAGGGCAAGGAAAGGCCCGAACUCGGGUACAGUGGGAGAUCAAGCGAGCUCCAGCUGGGGGGGAGAGGGUUGGGGGGCUGUAAACUGUAAGCGGGCUCCAAACAGGCAGUCAGCGGUGCCGCGUUGUGAUUGGCCAGUCCAGUGAUGAGUGAGGUGGGGCAGGCGGCAGAAAGAGUUAGUGCGGAGAGACGCGUUGCGUGAGCCUCUCCAAAAGUGAUGUGUCGGAGCUUUGACGCUCAGUAUGAGAGUUUUUAGGCCAUAGCCCUAGGCUAGACCAAAUAGUAAAAGAAGAGGGGAGCGUGUAGUGUGUGAUUCCUGAUUCAUUGAAUUGCGAUUGCUGAUGCUCAUAGGCAUACGCACGCAUCCACUUCAGCAGUUCUACAGUUGCCCUUCUGGUACGAGUAUGAUAGACGGCACAAGCUAUGAAACAGAGGAAAAGAUGGCUUCCAAGAAGAACAAAAGGAAAUGCUUCUCACUCGAAUUAAAAGCCGAGAUAAUCAAUUAAGUUGACAAGAAAAGGAAGACUAAUCAAAUGCGCACAUUUUAUUGAAUAUGGAAGGGAGGUAUUCAUGUGGAUUUGUAGAAAUAUUUCAGUAAUUUCCCCUUUGCAUUCCGACAGCGGGAACUCGCUUACAGCAGGAUUUUUCUUCUGAAACAAAAUGUCCCGCUAUAGCCGUGUUCUACUGUACAACUUCGAGGAACUGUUUGCAAUAAUCACUGGUAACCUUUGGGAAACUGUGCAGAAAUUGUUCAUUCAAGAAUAUGUUGGACUCUUCUGCUCUGUCAGGGUGUGAAGUAGACCUCAAUGAUUUGUUGUUUCUUGGGUCGAAUAGGUUCUUUCUGCUUUUGCUACGGGAAGGCGAUGGCUACUAAUCAGUCAAAUUGCUACCUCCUCUCCCCGGCCCUAAAAUUUGGGAUCAAAGCUUUUUAAUUUGUCUUUUCAAACCGACAUUUUUGGUUUGUUUUAACCCCACUUCCUGGCGGAGUUUCGAAGUCAAUUACGAAGUCGAAAAUUUAAAAAACCAAGACUAUGGAGAAAUUCAAGUGGAUGAGACUGAACCGUGCAAUAAUGUAACGAUGAGACAGUUUGACAGUAUCUUUUCCUUUAAUGGGUCAUGUGAAAGCCCAUAAUAAAUUCAGCCUCUCCCACUCAGCAUCGGGACUCCCUUCAGAAGUGUUAAUAGUGCAAUAAAUUAUUACGCUUUUGUCUACAUUAGCUGGCCCAAAUGUAUUCAUAUUUUCAGCACAUCUAAGAGACAACAUCAUAAAUGUUUCUUAGACGCAGGCUUUCCCCACUGAACCGUAUAGUCAUGAAGGUGGUCAUAAAGUACUUAUCGAUGCUGCCCAGCAGAGCGUAGCUUGUGAUCAUGGAUCACAGGUAAUUUGACGACCUGCGGGCAUGGCACAUUGUUUUCUUGCUUUUUUCAACAUUUAGAAUUUGAAUUUCGACCAAAUAUUUCUUGAGCACAUGCAACCGAUACCAUAGAUUAAAAAACAGUAAUAAAAAAUUUUUUUUCUAAAUUUUUGGGUUGUGACAUUGUAUCACAUGGCCAGCGAUAUAUCUCGCAAGUUUUGCAUCUCUAGGCAGUUUGACAGUUUCAUGUUCAGUGACAUGGCUCAUUUUGACAGGUUCUUCUAUACAGUUACAAUCAUCACAUUUAUCUAUAUUUAUCAGUAUGUUGUUUACUGUUGUCAAAAUAUUUUAAGUUGUCUUUAACAUUUUUGUUUUUAAUAUGUGUAUUCUGAUUUGUGCAUUUUUUCCUUCAAUGGUGAUAAUAAAAUUUAAUAUUUUUACA